CUGACAGUAGCUCAUAUCGCGGUACUUUUUAAUUUAUUUGUUUGUGUAAAUGUUGUUAUCGUUUGAGAAUGACGACACCAAAACGUGAAAGAAGUAUUAACUUCAGUCCGGAAGAAGUUGAGCUUCUAAUCUCAUUGGUUGUUCAAAACAAAACUAUUGUAGAAAACAAGAAGAGCGACGCAGUCACUUGGAAUGAGAAGGAACAGUGCUGGAAGACAAUAGAGGAAAUAUUCAAUAGCACAAGCGGUACGCACUUUCGCAGUGCUAAAACUUUAAAGGCCAAAUAUGAGGGUAUAAAAAGAAUCACUAGGCAAAAGUCUGCUUUAAUAUGUGCCGAAUCAUAUCGCACAGUAGGGGGGCCUAGUACUGCUGUUCCUCUGACUUCUAUAGAGGAAAAAGUUAAAAACAUGAUAUUGUUGCCUGUCGAUGGAAUUGAAAGUGAAUUGGAAUUUGUACCUGAACAUGUUGUUGAAGAUCACAUACUUACACACAAUAAACCUUUACAAAAUGAUGACUCUGAUAAGGAAUUGUCUUCAAGAAAAAAGGGGAUUGAAGAUCGACCUAUACAAAAUGACGAUCCUGAUAAAGAAUGGUCUUCAAGAAAAAAGUUGAGUCAACAUACUAUACCCAAAAGAGUUAGCAAUGACCAGAAGUGGAGUAAUUGGAAGCCAAAAUUUGUACAUUCAAAAAAACAUCCUGCAUUAGCUGUUGAAAAGAUGAAAAGGCCAUUUGAAAGAGUUACAGAUUCAAAAUUAGAGAUUGCAGAGUUGCAAAAGAAGAUUCUAGAGGAAGAAUUAUUAAAUAAAAGAAAACAAUGGGCCUUCGAAGAGGAAGAGAGAGAACAUAAAAGAGAAAUGUGGGCAUUGGAAAAAAAAUACUUUUUAAAUAAAUUUGACAAAUAAUUUGUUCUUGUUUAACUUACUGGAUUUAACAAUUGAC